AUGUCUCCCUCUUCCCUCGUCUCCUUCUCCAAUUUCAACUCCACCUCCACAAUUUCUCUCUCUACGGCAACUAUGAAGCCUCAAGCAAGCAUGGGAAAAAUGAUGCGCGCCCCGUCAUGGGAUCUCUCCUCAGCCGGAGGAUCUGCCGAAGACCACUCCGCAGAUAAGUCUGCUGAGUGGCAAGGAAAGACCGAACCUGAGCCUUACCAGUCCUGCCUGGCAGAGAUCGACAGAAUGAUCACUGAGGGGCUCUCAAAAUCUGCUGCCAACAAAGUACGCCACGGAGGGGCAUAUAGAGCUGUUCGACGGGUCUCCAUCGCCCAGGGUAAAGGUGAAGCCGUCGACGUGAAGUGGCUCCAAAACGAGGAGAUCAACUUGUGGUAUACUUACUCGGAUGAUCCCUUCCCUGGAGUUAUAUUCUCAUUUGUUGACAUUGGCUCUGGCUUGGACAAUGUUAGCAACCAGAGCGCGACAACUGAGAAGAUUUCGCCAGCCUCGGAUAUUGUCGACCCGAACGACGAAUUCAGACUCGGAUACAGGAGGUGCGAUGUCGAUGUCGAAUGGGAUGUUUCCAAGACUGCCUACAUCCAGCCUAUGGUUGACCAACUAUCUACCUCCGACACAUCGCCAAAGUCGGAUAUCAAAUCAUCGAGUUCAUCCACCGCAGAGUCUAAAAAGGAAGACAUCAUCGAUGACAAGAAGAAUGGACAAGCUCGGCAUCACGAGGAUAUAUCAACAGUGAUUAACGGUGAACUCGCCAAUGCUACGAAGAGAGUCACAUUCAACAAGUCUAAGCCCAUGUCCCUCGGUACAUUCUUGCAUGAAGAGGACUCUGUUCACAAGACUGCUGCGAGACCCGAAGGACCAGCAAAUCGCCGUAGAGAGACCAAGAAACACAAUUCGGUCCGCUAUGCCGACAUGAGAUCCGGUUUGCUCCCCUACAUCAAGAGCUCUAAGUCCAGUCAAUAUCAAUUAUCUAACGCCUAUGAUUCCCACGUCACUAUCAAGAAGUCUGCUAAUACCGAUGACCUGCCAGGCAAGUCACGCCAGCAAAAAUCACAGGACGUGGCGAAAGCCUCGUAUGGUCAGUUAGAUGGCAUUGACGAGGGCAAAUAUGUUGUUGGCCAUGGAAGAGUCUUCUCCUCCUCCAUUUCUGAAGAGGCCCAUACUGCUCAGUCUCGUCGACGAGGCAGCAGACGCGCUUCAAUCCUCCAGCCACCCCCACAAGGCACUGGAUGGAUCGAGUUCCGCGACCCAGAGCCAUUUCACACCUCACCUCCAGCAACAAACAUCCCAUGGACUUUGACAAAAAUGACAAAUAUCGAGCAGGAUGCAAAGAAGGCAGCAGCUCUCAAGGCAUGGGCCAACUUCCCUGCUCAAGCUGUGGAAGAAGAUCGCGAAGCUGCAGCUGCGUAUGUAACCCCAACUACUCUUGGUCUAGUCACAAACACCAUGGCUGCUACGCCCGUCAUCAAGGAGACGUAUAAGCAGGUUGUUGUUUCUGAUACAUUUGAGCGUAAGAUUGUUGGGAAGAGUGUGAAUAUUUUUGAGUGAGGGGAGAUUCUUGGCAUGGACUUUGGCGAUGUUAUUGUGUCAUGCACAGGUUGGGUUCGCGUUGAUGGUGUUACUGCUGGGUUAAUUGAGAUGACGAAGAUUAAUU